AUGCCGGGGUCCAUGAGUCCUGCCGGUAUUCUCUUGAUGGAGGACACAUUGAACAAGAUGAUCUACAAGGAUGGUUCCCGGAGCUUACGAAGUGACAAGGCGAAGGGGUUGGUCCCAAGAGGAUCUCAUUCGUGCUUCGGAGACUUUCCACCAGAUUUGCUGCCACAAAACCUGAGGCCGAAGGCUCGGGCACGGCCUCAAUCAGCAGGAGCAAUCCUGCAGAACAAUCCAAUGCUGUUGUCAAGGAGCCAAAGCGACUCACAGAUACGACCACAGCGACCUCAAUCUGCUGGAGCCGUGGGCUCGACUUUGCGAGCUCAAGGUUCCGCAGUGCGACUGACACAGACAGACCCAAGACGCGCGAUGUCACGUCCCAAAACGGCGACGCUGCCUCGGGCGGUGAAGGCCGAAGGCCCACCGAAAGCUGGAGCCUACAGGCGGAAGCCAAUCAAACCGUCCAUGCUGCGGUUCUUCUAUGAGAGGGGCGAUUUGCCAGUGCAAAUAUACCACGGCGCCAUGGGGAAGCUCUUGUGGAAGGUGGACGUGGAGAAGCUCGACUAUCACCACUACCUGCCCAUCUUCUUCGAUGGUUUGCGGGAAAAGGAAGACCCUUUCCGGUUUAUGGCAGUCACCGGGGCAUAUGAUAUGCUUGAGAAGGGUGGAGACCGGAUUUUGCCAGUGGUGCCACAGCUGGUGAUCCCUCUGAAAGCAGCUCUCAACACUCGCGAUCCGCAGAUCAUGUGCACCACCCUAAAGCUCAUGCAGAAACUGGUUUUGAGCGGAGAGAUGAUUGGAGAGGCCUUAGUGCCUUACUACAGGCAGAUCUUGCCGCCAUGCUCGCUAUUCAAGAGUCGGAAUAUUCCUUCAAAGGAUAUGGGUGACUACAUGGAUUAUGGCCAGCGCAAGAACUUGUGCUUGGGUGAUCUCAUCACAGAAACCCUACAGAUCUUGGAAGAGCAUGGAGGAGAUGAUGCCUUCAUCAACAUCAAAUAUGUGGUGCCAACGUAUGAAAGUUGUGUUCUUUGUGGAGUGUGA